CCCCUCGCACCAUUUUCCAAUUAGGUUGCAGGGUUGGCCCAAUGGCUCAGUGGACACGAGAGAGAUAGCGAGAGAGAGAAAUGACGUGGUGCACAUAUCUGGACAUGCGAAGCAGUACGCAAUUUUCGGCGAACACUUUUGGCCUGUGCAUGCUAGUUUCAGAACUACUAGCAAAAAAAUUAUACAAAAGUACCAUUUUUGUAGAUUGAAUAAUGUUAUUUUCCCUUCCCCAUAACGGAAUAAAAUGUUACCUUGUGCAUUUUUUCACCCCGUCCAGUGGGUGGCGGCAAUGCAUAUUUUGCUUAAUAUUCGCCACAAAACCUCACCGAAGUAGUAGUAAACGGAAGUAAGCAUUGACCAUUUACAAUUUUCACGUUAGCGGUUUGUUGUUGUUAUUUAUACAUUUAUUAACGCCAUGGAACUCAAAAUAUUACUAAUUUAACUGCAUAGCAUCACAUACUUGCACCAGGUAGUCUUAAAUUUGCGUUGGAGACAGGACUUGGUUGAUAUUGUCUAGGUAAACUAGCUGCAAACGUUAACGUUAGCUAACAAUGGCUGACUGUGUGGUUUUUCACACUCAAAUAGCCUCCAUCAUGGAGGUGUUAGCGAAUGCAGCCGUGGCAAAUAUCUGUAAACUCGUAGAUGACGACUAUGCAGUGUUUCGUAUGGAAAUAAAUCAAAGCCAGAAAGAAAACAGGUCAUUGCGGAGGAAACUACUAGAACUGAAGGUGGCACGGGAGCGCGCUGAGAGGACAAUGCGAGAGCGCGUCCUCGCCAUUCGUCCCAGUAGUGUCAAGAUCUCCGACCGAUACAGAGGAACCGCAAGAGGGGAAGGAAAUCUCACUGGAGGCCACAGGAGCUUUGUGAAGCCAGCAGCACACAAAACAUGGAAAGAUGACCAACCAAUCACUGUUGAUGAGGGGAGUGGAACCUCAACCCAGCACGUUAUCAUGAUAGAGUCUGCAGAGGCUGCAGGUCCUGGGGUCAAGCUGGAGAGGUCUGAAAGAGAGGAGGACCCAUUGCACAGCAGAGACAUCCAGACUCGAGCGGUGGUAGAGCCCCAUGUAGCCACAAAGGACCCCCCCACCAUCACCCCAGCGCAGCCCAGGACCCGACACAGAAUCACGGAGGUCAGUGGAACGCAGAACGCCGUCCUCAAGUCAGAGACAGACACGGAUACUUUAACUGUAACACACAGGCUCUUACGCACAGGAUCUGACCACAGAUCAGACCCAGAGAGACUGGGGAGGGGGCCACUGCGCUAUCCUCCUGCUCCCGGCACAGAUUACUUACCGGUAUUUCACCAGAGCCAGAGGAUGGUUCAUUCCCGUGGAGAUGGUGAAAUGUUAGACACUGCUGGUGAUGAUCCGUCUUGUUCUUACACUACAGAGAUGGACCCUGGUAACAUAUCCUUGGGUUUAGAGACACAUACUGAUCUGUCUAGAGGGGACUGGAACCGGUACAGUAGUAGUGUAUACUCUGAAGGGUGCCUAGAUAAGAAAGGGGAGGGUCUGGUUGUAGAUGAGGUGACUGUGAAAGUGGAGGGCGACGCUCCUAUGACAUGGAAUGUAGACAAGACUCACUUAGGAGAAGGAUACUCACAAGGAAGAGAUUUCUUAGAUUACAGGGAAAGUUUGGAGACAAAUCCAAAUGUCACGACCCACUCUCCUUUACACACGGUCAGGGAUCGCGAGUCAGUGUCCGCGUCGAUGGGACCUUCCGAUUCACACGAUCACGUCCUUUUCGAUCAGGUAUUGAACUCAAAGGGCCAAAAGGCCAAGGGGAGGGGAGGGGGAGCAACAUCAGGCAAUAGUAAAGAGAAACGGUUCCUCUGCAUGUUCUGUAACAAAGGCUUCAGCUGCCUCCAGAAGGUGGAGAUCCACCAGAGGGUCCACACAGGGGAGAAACCCUACAGCUGUACGCAGUGUCAUAUGCGCUUCGCUGAGGCUGGCAACCUGAAGAGGCACCAGAGGGUCCACACAGGGGAGAAACCCUUUGGCUGUACCCAGUGUCACAUGCGCUUCGCCCAGGCUGGUCACCUGAAGAGACACCAGAGGGUCCACACAGGGGAGAAAUCUUACAGCUGACUCCAUUGUGAGAAGAGAUUCUCCUGGAAGAGCUUCUCAGACAGGAGCUACCACCAGCAGAAAAAACAUUCCACUCUAUAACAUAGAAAGCAACUAUUCGUCUCAGUAGCUUCUGAUGUUAAGUUCAAACACUGCAUUAAAGACAACAAUUAAUUUUCAUUAUUGUCAUCAGAAAAUAUAAUUUGACACAACGAGAGUAACAGAUUUCAGUGUUGAAUAUUGCUGGGUAGAAUAUUGCAUCCAGACAUUGUGUGAUAUACACUGAGUGCACAAAACAUUAACACCUGCUCUUUCCAUGGCAUAGACUGAUCAGAUGAAAGCUAUGAUCCCUUAUUGAUAUCACUUAAAUCCACUUCAAUCAGUGGAGAUGAAGGGGG